AUGGACGACUCUGCCAUCCUCAAGCGACGAGGCUACAUCAUGGGGAUAAAUUUGGGAGAGGGCUCGUACGCAAAAGUCAAAUCCGCUUACUCUGAGCGCCUGAAGUUCAACGUGGCGGUCAAGAUCAUCGACCGCAAGAAAGCCCCCACGGACUUCUUGGAGAAAUUCCUUCCCCGGGAAAUUGAGAUUUUGCCCAUACUAAACCACCGCUCCAUCAUCAAGACCUACGAGAUCUUUGAGACAUCAGACGGCAAGGUCUACAUCGUCAUGGAGCUCGGGGUCCAGGGUGACCUCCUCGAGUUCAUCAAAACCCGGGGAGCCCUGCAAGAGGAUGAUGCUCGCAAGAAGUUCCACCAGCUCUCCUUGGCCAUCAAGUACUGCCAUGACCUGGACAUCGUCCACCGAGAUCUCAAGUGCGAGAACCUCCUCCUCGACAAGGACUUCAACAUCAAGCUGUCCGACUUCGGCUUCUCCAAGCGCUGCCUGCGGGACGGCGGCAGCCGCAUCAUCCUCAGCAAGACCUUCUGCGGGUCGGCAGCGUACGCGGCCCCCGAGGUGCUGCAGGGCAUCCCCUACCAGCCCAAGGUGUACGACAUCUGGAGCCUGGGCGUGAUCCUCUUCAUCAUGGUCUGUGGCUCCAUGCCCUACGACGACACCAACAUCAAGAAGAUGCUGAGGCUCCAGAAGGAGCAUCGCGUCAACUUCCCCCGCUCCAAGCGCCUGACAGGCGAGUGCAAGGACCUCAUCUACCGCAUCCUGCAGCCGGACAUCAACCGGCGGCUGCACAUCGACGAGAUCCUCAGCCACUCGUGGCUGCAGCCCAAGGCACCGGGCCUGUUCUCUGCGGCCAUCAACGAGGAGGGCGAGAGCUCCCGGGGCCCUGAGCCCUCGCGGACCCCUGAGACCCCUGACAAAAAGUCUGCCACCAAGCUGGAGCCCCAGGAGGAGGCGUGGCCCGAGACACAGUCUGAGCCAAAACCCGAUGAGGAGGAGACGUUGCAAGUGCCGGUGUCAAGGCAAUCAGACACUACGGGCCUCAAUGGAGAGCUGGCUGGCAGGGAGACAGAGGAAGAGGCCCUCCCACAGCCCUCAGAGAUACACACCUAG